UACGGGGGCACCCGAGAGCACCCCCGUCCUCCCUGCGGUGGCGGCGGCCGAGCCCCGGCCCCGUCGCGAACAGCGACCGCGAUGCGCUCGGCCUGAGGCGGCCCGGACCUCGGCGCCGCGCUCAGGUCUUCGGCGGCGUCCCCGCGCCCGGGUGUCAGCCUGCGAAUCCCCCUGACGCGAGGGAAGAUGGCUGCGCAGACCUGGCAAGAGGAGCUGGCCCAGCAGGCCGAGGAGGGCUCAGCCCGGCUGCGGGAGAUGCUCUCGGUCGCCUUGGGCUUCCUGCGCACAGAGCUGGGCCUCGACCUGGGGCUGGAGCCGCGGCGGUACCCGGGCUGGGUGAUCCUGGUGGGCGCCGGCGCUCUCGGGCUGCUGCUGCUCGUACUGCUGGGCUACGGCUGGGCCGCGGCGUGCGCCGGCGCCCGCAAGAAGCGCAGGAGCCCGCCCCGCCGGCGGGAGGAGGCGGUGGCCGCGCCGGGCCCGGCCCCGGACGACUCGGCCCUGCUGCGGAGCGUGCGGGGCGAGGAGCCGAAGAAGAAGAACCGGAAGAAGCAGCCCGAGAAGCCCAAACCAAAUGGACGGACUGUGGAAGUGGCUGAGGAUGAAAUUGUUCGAACUCCUCGAAGUGUAACAGCAAAGCAGCCAGCAGAGGCAGACAAAAAAAAUGAAAAGUCAAAGAAAAAUAAGAAGAAAUCAAAGUCAGAUGCUAAAGCAGUGCAAAACAGUUCACGCCAUGAUGGAAAGGAAGUUGAUGAAGGAGCCUGGGAAACUAAAAUUAGUCACAGAGAGAAACGACAACAGCGUAAACGUGAUAAGGUGCUGACUGAUUCUGGUUCAUUGGAUUCAACUAUCUCUGGGAUAGAAAAUACCAUCACAGUUACCACCGAGCAACUUACAACUGCAUCUUUUCCUGUUGGUUCCAAGAAGAAUAAAGGUGAUUCUCAUCUAAAUGUUCAAGUUAGCAACUUUAAGUCUGGAAAAGGAGAGUCUACACUUCAGGUUUCCUCAGGAUUGAAUGAAAACCUUACUGUCAAUGGAGGAGGCUGGAAUGAAAAGCCUGUGAAACUCUCCUCACAGAUGAGUGCAGGUGAGGAGAAGUGGAACUCUGUUCCACCUGCUACUACUGCAGGCAAGAGAAAAGCAGAGCCCUCUGCUUGGACCCAAGACACCAGUGACACAAACUUGAAUGGGAGAGACUGGGGCAGGAACUGGAGUGACCGCUCCAUAUUUUCUGGCAUCGCUGCUUGGUCUAGUGUGGAUAGGGGAAUGAAUACCUCUGAACAGAAUUCUGCUUCUUUUGCAUCUCUCACACUUAACUCUGCUGUUUCUGGGUCUACCGCUGAGCCAGUUUCUCAGUCUUCCACCUCAGAUUGUCAGUGGGAUGUUAGCCGUAAUCAGCCCUAUAUCGAUGAUGAAUGGUCUGGGUUAAAUGGUCUAUCUUCUGCUGAUCCCAGCUCUGAUUGGAAUGCACCUGCAGAAGAGUGGGGGAAUUGGGUAGAUGAAGAAAGAGCUUCACUUCUGAAAUCCCAGGAACCAGCUCCUGAUGAUGAGAAGGUUUCAGAUGAUGAUAAAGAAAAGGGAGAAGGAGCUAAUACAACUGGGAAAUCUAAAAAGAAAAAGAAGAAAAAGAAGAAGCAAGGUGAAGAUACCUCUGUUGCACAGGACACAGAAGAAUUAGAGAAAGAGAUUAGAGAAGAGCUUUCAGUGAAUACCUCUAAAACCCGUCCAAAACAAGAAAAAACUUUUUCCUCGAAGACAAUGAGCACUAGUGACCCAGCUGAAGUACUGGUCAAAAAUAGCCAGCCUGUGAAGACUCUUCCACCUGCUGUUCCCACGGAGCCAUCUGUUCCCCCAGCAAAAAGUGAUUCUGACAAGAGCUCUUCCCAAGUGCCACCGCUGCUCCAGGAGACAGAUAAGUCCAAGUCCAGUACCAAGCAGAAUAGUGUGCCUCCCUCACAGACCAAGUCUGAAACUAACUGGGAAUCUCCCAAACAAAUAAAAAAGAAGAAAAAAGCCAGACGGGAAACGUGAAUUUUUUUUUCCCUGAAUUGGACAUGUGUUUGCAAACACUGUCUUGAAGAUUAUGCUGUUUAUGCAAUAAUUUGUGAACAUGUACAGAGUUUUACAUAAAUUUAAACCAGUUUUUAAAGCAAAACUGUGAACAUAACCACCAUAAAAAUGGAAUCAAAGGAAAGUUAAUUUAUGAAAUUAAGAGGCCAGCAGAAAAUACUACAGUGCUGGAAGAACUUGGGAGAGACUCUUCAACUGAGGGAGAACGCUGUUAACUUAAGAACACGAUCCUGGUUUUACAGCAGUGCCCUGUUUACAGCAGCUCAUGCCCUGUCUCACCUGCAGUGAGGGGCGAUGUAUUCUGGCCAGAGGGGCCACCUGUGCGCCAGAGGCGACUCCUUGGAUCUUAUGCACGAACUUUUACCAUUGAAAUCUGUUUUAUGCUUAAAUGAAAGUGCUUUGAUCAAAUGCAUAAUCUGCCAUAUCUUUACAUAUUGGUUGAUAGCAGUUUAUAUUAAAGGAAUCACAAGUGCAAAUAAAAAGUCAUUUAUCAUUUAUAUAACUAAACUGUCGUGGUUUAGUUUACGGUUUUUAAAAAGUUCUUAAGUGAAAAUGCAAUUGACACUUGUAUGGCUUACGAAGUUAUUUUUGAUAGUCUUACAUUACUUGAAUUGUUCAAAGUACAGUAUAUUUUAAAUUAAGGGUAAACUAUGUGUACUUGUUUUAUAAUUUAAGGUUCAAACUAACAAAUAAUGCUCUUAUGAUUUGAAAACUUUCAGGCUAAAUCCAGCUUCUCCUUUCCCUACUAACUAUUUUUUUCCAGUGUCAACUCAGUUGUCAACAGUUUUUUUAUUUUAAAAAUGAGAUCAUUCACAACCCUUGAGUAUGUGACGGGGAAUGAAACGAGAGUGAGACAGCUUUAAUUGACAUUGUCAAGACCUCCAGUUAUCAGGAACACAUUUUGUUACUGCCUUAACCUGUAGUGAGUAGAAUAUGCAUCAAUUUCUUGAAGAGGAUUCGUGUUUUUAUAAGAAUUUUCAUGUAAUUAUUGCAAUUGUAGUCAAGGAACGUUUUCUGCUUGAGACUGUAUUGAUUUCAAUGAUGUGGGAGAUGUUUCACCAUUUUCAGGCACUGUGUAAUUCUAUUGUAACAAACUGGCAGGUACCUUUGUAACUAUAAAUAGUGCAUGCUUGGCCAUGUACACUGUAAAUAGCCUUUACCGGAUGUGUUUGACAAGGACCAUAAUUAACAUCACUUAGCGAGUCGUGAUAAAGAAAAAAGCCAUGAUUUAUUUGAUGUGACUGGCUUAAUUGUUUAUAUGUGGCGCCAAGGAUGACACUGUUUAACAGCGUAACCAAUGGUACUGAUCUACCCAUCCCAUGUUGUCCUUAUUAUAUUUGAUUGUGGUUUAAUAGUAUUACAUUGUCCGACAUGGAAAGCUGAAGAAACAGUGGUUUUAGUUUUGCUGAAUGAAGACUGGCCUUAUUCAUGGACAGCUUUCCUAACAGGCAGUUACUAACUUUUAUCAGGUGUUAACAUCUGUUUCAGGAACAUGGCAGUAUGUUUACAUGUCAGAAGUUUUGUUUAAUUCUAUGAUAUUUCUAAAUCGAUUUGUUAAAAUAAAUUCAGCAAAUGGGUAGCAUUGUUUUCAUUUGCUUCAGUCUGGGGGUAGGUUAAGCUGAAGUGCCAGGAAUAGGUUUCUUCAAAUGACUUAAUUUUGCUCGUUUUAUUUGUUUGCUAAAUAGAUCUGAGGAUUCCUACAUUGUCAGCACUUUGUAAAAGUUUCACAGAGAGAAUCUGAUAGGGAGCCUGUAAUUUUAGUGUGUGCCAAAAGGUCUCUGCUCAGAAAUUUUAAUUGAACUCUCAACUCUACCUCGCCAUUUCUUUAUCUUAAAAUUCUGGUGACUGUCGUGUGCCAGACUUUAUCUUUGCAGUUCAACAUACCCCAACCAGCCACCUUCGCCAAGUUGGAUGGAUCCAGUGUGGAGAGAGCCUCUGUCGCCUCUGGCCUGGGAGCUAAGACACCAACUUGAUGUUUGAAGAGGUGGUGGUUGUGUGAGUGAAUAAAAGUCAUCCCAUUCUCUCUCACUGUUCAUUGCUCUUUGCCUGUUCUGUAAGGUGUUUUUGUGACAUCAGGCACUUUCUGGUAUCUGAAUGGAGGGACUGGUUUCUUGACAUCACAUCAAAAGAUACCAAGCUCUAGGUAGUCAUUUCAGAAGGAGGAGAGGAAGAGAAGCCUGCUGUCCUGCGGGGCCUGACUCGGGCUCCUUCGCUGCUAGCAGGGAAUGGCUGACCUUCAGGCUGCUGCCAGCGAGCGCACCUCCAGAAAAUCACAGGGCACUCCACCCCGCCUGGCUUCAACCUAUCUGUGAGGCCUCCUGCUGCUCUAGGGAGUUGUAGCUUCAGAUUUUCCAGACUGGAAUCCUGCCUGCCUGUGCCCUGGAAUGAGCCUAACAACAGUUAAAGAGAGUCAAGAAGAAAGCACUGAAAUUAAUGUGAUUUAUGGUUUACUUUGCAUCUUAUUGGGCAGGGGUGGGCAGGCUAAUUUAUCCUAGUCUAACAGUAUAAUUUCAUAAGCUAGUCCAGUUUGUGUUGGGGAUAAAGGUACCAAAGUAUAUUUAAUUACAGAGUUGAGUUUUUCUUGAUUAGACAGUCCUUUAUUAAUACAGUGUGAAAUACCUUUCAGAGUUUAGAACUUAAGGUGUCUAAUGGAUAUCUUAAGAUUUUCCUGUAAACAUUGCACAAACUGGAAUCACUUUCCAAAAGGCUUAAGGAAUGAAAAUGUGUUUAUGUAAGAUGCAUUAAGUGUUGUAAAUAAAACAAGCCAUUCUCGUUUUGUUUAAA